AUGCGCUACACAUACAUCACCCUCGCCCUCGCCCUCGGCAGCAUCGCCGCCUACAGCCCCGACUCAUGGACCUUCGGAUACGGCUUCUACUUGGGCCCCCCGGCCCACGGCCAGAUCACCAAGGCCACAUACUCGAUCGCCGCGCCCGGAGUCCCCCAAGGGACGACGGUGAAGGACCCCCGCGACGAGGUCUGGACCUCCAUCUGGAUCGGGGUGUCCGCCACGCAGGGCGACGCGAGCAACAGUCUCUAUCAGCCGUUGUUCAAUUGGUCGCCGGACCAGAAGUCCCAGGGCUGUUCGGCUGGAGCGGAGGAGUGGUGCGUGGCUGCUACCGGCCAAGUUGCGCAGCCGUACGUCCCCGUGGCGAAGGAUGCGCCGGUCGAUUUCGAGAGUCAGUUGACCCGACCCACCUUUUCCAUCUACACGUUUGGCCUGCUCACCGUCCAAAAUCAGAACCAAGUCCACCAAUCCGUCCGCAUCGCCGACACCCUCGUCUCCCAGCAGACCGACCCCCUCACCAAACCCCUGCAGUACCUCUACUCCGCCGACGAAUGCUACACCGGGUCGGGCACCUGCGGCUCGUUGCCGGGCUAUAGCUGGACCAAUAUUACCAUCGUCCUCAGCGAGGCUGACCCGCUGUUCGGGCAGACCUUGUCUUUGGUGGGCGCGACGAGUAGUCCUCGCGGCUUCUUGACCGCGGAUGGGGGCAGUGUGUGGCAUGCGGAGGUGGUGGGGAUUUCCGUGGAUGAUUUUGGGGCUACGCAUUAGGGAGGUUUCUUUCUUUCUUUCUUGGGUUAGGUUGUGGGG